AAUGCGAGCAAAGCGGUACACAAAGAAGCAAAAAAUUAGUUUAUGGCAGUAGGCAUGGCUCGUCUAUAUGCGCAAACUUGCCGGGCGCAAAAUAAUCAUCGAUAUAACCUGGUGUGAGCCGGCGUUUCGAAUUCAUUCGUAAAGUUGCCGCUUCUACGUAAUAUUUGUUUACAAGUGAUUCAUUUUGUAUGUGUAUGUGAUUCCCAAAAAGUUAGUAAUUUUAUUCGGAAAUUUAAAUUCAAAUAAAUUGACUCAAAGAUUAAACUUUCUCCUCAUAUAAAAACGGUUUAGUGAAUUAAAUUGACAGUGUAGUUAACAGUUAAAUAAUGGCAAAGGAUUGGUUAUUUAGAGUGUGUUUAGUGUUUGUGUUAUUUUUGUGCCUUGAUUUAGUGAUAACACAAUUUCCAAAUGGAGAAGGAGAUGUACCAAAAUGUAAAUUACCCAGUGGAGAAUCAGGAGUCUGUACACCUUUAAGACGAUGCCCAAGUGGUCUCCAACGUUACCGAGCAGACAAACGCAAAAGUUUGUGUUGGGUGCGCGGAUACAUUGCUUAUAUCUGCUGUGAUCCAAACGAAGAAAACUCUGAAAAACCCCGUGUGGGAGACAAGAGCAAAUCAAAAUGUGAAGAAUGGUACCCACGCAGAAGCUACUGGUUUGGCAGCGGCGCCCUCAUAGGCGGCUUUCAAAGUCUCGCAAAGGAAUUUCCGCACAUGGCAGCGCUUGGUUAUGCGGACGGCGAUGAGACCCGCUGGGCUUGCGGCGGAAGUUUAAUUAGCGAGAAGUUUGUGCUAACCGCAGCGCAUUGCAUCAAGAAUAAAGAAUUAGGUGAAAUUACAAAAGUACGUCUUGGCGAUUUGAAUCUCAAAUCGACCACUGACGAUGCUCAACCGAAGGACCUUGCAGUGCUUCGUACAAUACGACAUCCCCAGUAUAAGUCUCCAUCGCAGUAUCACGACGUGGCACUGGUUGAACUCAGUGAGGCACUGCAAUUUAAUGAUUUCAUUAAACCUGCUUGUUUGCAAGUGAACAGAGAAGAAUCGUACUAUGAAUUGAUUGCUACAGGGUGGGGCAAUUUGGAAUAUACAGGUCCACCUGCAGAACACCUUCAAAAAGUGUUUCUUGAUCCGUAUGAUAAUGAACUAUGUAAUGAAUUUUAUCAGGAUACAAAUAAACGUCGGUUGGCUAGAGGUAUAGAUGAUGAUAGUCAACUCUGCGCUGGUGGUAUUGACAGGGACACAUGCCAGGGUGAUUCUGGUGGUCCUUUACAAGUAAAAAACGAACAUCUCAUUGGAGGCUAUACUAUAGUAGGCAUAACUUCUUUUGGAAAGGCUUGUGGAUUAUCGGAUAGUCCUGGUGUGUACACCAGGGUCUCAAAUUAUAUAAAAUGGAUCGAAUCGAUCGUAUGGCCCAAUUGGUGUGCAAUUUUAUUUAAUUUUUUACAAGAAUUUAAUGAGUUUUCCAGUGUGAAUUCAACGUACACGCAAGAAAAAAAUAAGUCAACAAGUUGUCGUGCUUGGUCAUCAAGGUCGUCCUUAAUUUUACUACGUUUUAUUUGUUUACUAUCAUCACACCACCACCGGUUUAGUCAGCCAGAGGUUUCCUGUAUUCUGCGACGACGAGUCAGUUACUGCAUUGCAUUCAAGUGUAACGGGCACGCAUUUUGUAGUUUUGCUCACAGAAUGGGUUUUUUGAAACUUUGUUUUAUACAUGUUUGCAUUUUAAUUUUUGUUUUGGUGUGUUGUCAAGCUCAACCUCAACUAAAUGAUUCCUGCGUUAUGACUGAUGGUAAUCUAGGAAUAUGUUUGCACUUCAAAAACUGUCCAAGUGCUAUUGAAUUGGUUAAAUCCAGGAAAGGAACACCUAAUCAAUGUGGGUUUGAAGGAAAACAUCCAAUUGUCUGUUGUGAAUCAAAGGUGUUAUUAAAAACAAGAGUUGUAGGAGAAAUAAGCAGACAAAAAUGUGAAGAAGCAUAUCAAUUCUUACCUGCUACCACAAAACCACCACCUACCACUGAACCACCACUGCCUGAUAAUUUAACCCUUGCAGAAAUAAUUGAAUGGGAGAAACGAAGGGAAGAAGAGGCAGCAAAAGCUGGUAAACCUUUACCAGGCGUACAUAAAUCCGCUGUAGGUGGUGUCGAUGCAAAACCACAAGAAUUUUUUCACAUGGCGGCACUUGGUUACGGUGAACGUGAUCAAAUCAUAUGGGGAUGUGGUGGUAGUCUUAUAAGUGAAAAAUUUGUUUUAACUGCGGCUCAUUGCAUCCAUACCUCUAUUGGAUCAGUACAAUAUGUCCGUCUAGGUGAUUUAAAUCUAAAACUUACCAAUGAAGAUGCAAAACCUCAGGAUUUUGACAUCGUAAAACUUAUUCUUCAUCCGAAUUAUAAGGCACCUUCGGUAUAUAAUGACAUUGCAAUUGUUGAACUUUCUGGAGUAGCUGUGUUUGAUAAUUAUGUGCGACCUGGAUGUCUUUACACUGAGUCUGAAGUUCCUGAGAAGGAUUUAAGCGCUACUGGUUGGGGUUUGACAAGUUUUAAUGGUGAGCAGGCUGAUCACCUUCAAGAAGUUCAACUGCGUCUAUUCACGUUUGAAUCGUGCCAGAAAUCUUAUGCUUCAAUGUCUAAAAGAAGAUUGGCGAAUGGAAUUGAUGAUAAAUCACAAGUUUGUGUCGGAGAGACUUUUAGAGAUACUUGUCGGGGUGAUUCUGGAGGUCCGCUUCAUAUUAAAAAUCAGCUGUAUCCCCGAGGGUAUCAAGUAAUAGGAAUAACUUCAUUUGGUAAAGCUUGUGGAGUUGGUAUUGGAGCAUCUGUGUAUACACGAGUUUCACAUUAUAUUGAAUGGAUAGAAUCCAUUGUUUGGCCAGAAACUUAAUUACAAAACUCUGUUAUUUCUUAGGUUUUUCCAUUUUGGGAUUUAAUUAAUUGCGCAUUAUUAACUGUCACUGAUAAUGUUAAUCUGGCGAUACAUAUUCGUAGAAUUAAAAUGCGCAACAGCACAUGAUUAAUUGAAUUGAAUUCCAAAAUAGAAAUAUAUGAAUAUGAUGUAAGUGUUUACGUAAAUAAAAUUUGUAUUUUAUUUGCA